CAUCGGCGGAGGAGCCCGGCACCUGUCCCGCAGCCAGGUGUGCGCCGCCGGCGCCAUGGGAGGCCUCGUGCCGCGUCAAGGGGGCGCCCGGCAAGGGGUGGCUGCUCCGCCUCAGCCGCGCUGAACCUGGCGCUGCUCCGCGGGGACCGGAGAGCGGCGAUAUGGACCGCCCGCCGCAGCCGCCGGCCGCUUCCUAGUCCCGCAGCAGCGGCUGUGGGGCGGGUCGGGCAUGGCCCAGCGUGACGAGAGCGACGGAGGGCAGCGCUACCCCGUUACCAGCUGGGCCAAGACAACCGAUGCAAAUUUAUCCAACUCUUUAAACUCUUUAAAUGGUUUGACCUUCGUGGGAAUUCUGGAUUCAAGAGUGGGCAGCAGUAUCCAGGGCCUUCAAAACUUGAAUUCUGGGACCCUGAGACAUCUCUCAUUGCCUGAAUAUGGACCUGGCCAGCUGUCCAGUGCUUUAGAAGAUUGUCAUAGCCUUAAAUCAGUGGAUUCUGGUAUUCCAACUCUAGAAAUAGGAAAUCCAGAGCCUGUUCACUGCAGUGUGUUGAAUGUGAAGAGAAAGCAAUCAGAACCUGAACUCGUGCCUGACAGGGCUUUUCAGAGUGCUUGUGCACUGCCACCAUAUGUGCCUCCACAUUCACUGACUGCUGAGCAUGACCACGCUGUGCGAAAAUCCUCGACUUUCCCAAGAACUGGGUAUGACACUGUCAAACUUUAUAGUCCAACCUCAAAAACUCUAAAUCGAAGUGAUGAUAUCUCUGUUUGUAGUGUGUCUAGUCUUAGCACAGAACUGUCAACAACUUUAUCAGUUAGCAAUGAAGACAUUUUGGACUUUGUGGUCACAAGCAGUUCAAGUGCAAUAGUGGAUCUCGAGACUGACGAGGCGCACUUUUCGGAUGUUACCCUGAAUUCCACUAAAGAGAGCAAUGACCAGAGCCAGCAGCAGUAUUGUCACGAGACAGAUGUGGACAGUAAACGGAAAAUACUGGGACCUUUUACAAACUUCUUUGCCAGGAGUUUGUUUACCAGAAAGCAAAGUGCAAGAUUUGAAAAAGAAAAUGAUGUGCGAUGGAAGUUGUUUGGAAAAGUACCUCUUGGAGAAAACUUACAGAAAGACCCAAAGAAAGUACAAAAGGAAUAUGAAGAAAAAACUGGACGAGCUCAGAGACCACUCUCUCCUAAACAGAAUGUGAGGAAGAAUCUUGAUUUUGAACCACUCUCCACUACAGCACUUAUUUUAGAGGACCGACCGGCGAACCUUCCUGCAAAACCAGCAGAAGAAGCUCAGAAACACAGGCAACAGUACGAAGAAAUGGUGGUUCAAGCAAAAAAAAGAGAGCUUAAAGAAGCCCAGAAGAGAAAGAAACAACUGGAAGAACGCUGUAAACUGGAAGACAGCAUUGGCAAUGCUGUUUUAACCUGGAACAAUGAAAUCUUACCCAACUGGGAAACUAUGUGUUGUUCCCGUAAAGUUCGAGAGCUGUGGUGGCAGGGCAUUCCACCGAGUGUGAGAGGCAAAGUCUGGAGCUUGGCAAUUGGCAACGAGUUAAACAUCACUCAUGAACUGUAUGAUAUUUGCCUGGCUCGUGCCAAAGAGAAGUGGCGAUCACUUAGCACAGGAGGGGCUGAAGUAGAAUGUGAAGCUUUUCCACAGAGGCAGCUACUUCAGGAUCCACUGGGAAGCCUUGUUGGAGAUGCUGGGUUUUCUGCAGCUGACAGAGAAGCAAGCUUGGAGUUAAUAAAACUGGAUAUCUCAAGAACAUUUCCUAGUCUCUGUAUAUUCCAACAAGGUGGUCCUUACCAUGAUAUGCUGCACAGUAUUUUAGGAGCCUAUACGUGUUACAGACCUGACGUAGGCUAUGUACAGGGCAUGUCAUUCAUAGCAGCUGUAUUGAUCUUGAACUUGGAUACUGCAGAUGCCUUCAUUGCUUUUUCUAACCUUUUAAAUAAGCCCUGUCAGAUGGCGUUUUUCCGUGUGGACCAUGGCCUUAUGUUGACUUACUUUGCCGCAUUUGAGGUAUUCUUCGAAGAAAAUCUGCCAAAGUUAUUUGCUCACUUCAAAAAAAAUAACUUAACUCCAGACAUCUAUCUAAUUGAUUGGAUAUUCACAUUGUACAGCAAAUCUCUGCCACUAGACUUGGCUUGUCGUGUCUGGGAUGUGUUCUGCCGUGAUGGAGAAGAGUUCUUAUUCCGUACAGCGCUGGGAAUACUAAAACUUUUUGAAGAUAUUUUGACCAAAAUGGACUUUAUUCAUAUAGCCCAGUUUUUAACAAAACUACCAGAGGACUUGCCUUCGGAAGAAUUCUUCACAUCUAUUGCUGCCAUUCAGAUGCAAAGUAGAAACAAAAAAUGGGCUCAGAUACUGGCUGCUCUGCAGAAAGAUAACCGGGAAAUGGAAAAAGGAAGUCCUUCACUCAAACGUUAACAUGGGGUUUGCCUCCAGUGACUCCCAGGAAAAGAGCUAAAGUGGCAAAAGUAUUGGUUACUGUUUGACAUGUAUGAGCCUGCAAAUCAAAGUGUUAGUUCAGAGUUCUAUUUAGUAGUAGAAUAGCCUUAAGGGGGAGAGAAGAAAAAUGAGGAGGAGGAGUUAAAAAAAAAAAAAAAAAAAAAAAAAAGAAAGGAAAAUAGGGGAUAAACCCCUUAUAAAUUAAACCUAGGCUUAGCCUUAAACUUUUAGUGGUAUGAGCAUAUGCUGUGGAGAGCAUUACACAUUCUAUACUUCUGCUGAGAGCAGUCAAACAAAAUAAUAUCAAGGGUUUGGGGUUUUUUAAAAUUUUUUUCUUUGGUGUUUUAAAAGACUGGACAUUCAUCAAUAUUGGUUGCUUUGACAGCUAUUCCCCUGUUUCAUUCUUAGGCAGGAUAUAUUUCCAAUACCUGUAACAGUAGCUGGAUGUGGAUUUUAGAUCACUGGUGCUGGAAUUUUAAAUGAUGUAAGGACCAUUUCUUUAGAAAUGCUUCUGAUUUUAUAGGCUGGGGGUCCCAUUUACCAAAGAAAUCAUGUAGACAUAGAACCACACUCCUUUCUUUAAUAAGAAAAAGUUAAGUAGAAAGUAAACUUGGAAGAGAAGUCAAACUAGCAGUGCAAAACUAAUUAUUCUUCAAGAUGCCUUGGAAAUUUAUUUUUCCAAUAUGGACUGGGUGCAUAUGGAGGAAAUUCCAUUCAUCAGACUAGAUUCCAAACUCACCAAGAGCAUUCUAGUAUUAAGGUGGCAUCAUUUCCCAAAUGUACUCUCUUUCCUCUUUUUAAAGCCAAGGUCACAUCCUACUAAAUGCAUGUUUCCAUGUGUCCCUCUACUGGAGCAGUGCUGUUUCGGGAUGUUCUUGCCUACCAGCUGCUUAGUCCUGUGCCAUGUGUCCAGUCAUGGAGAUAAAACUGUGGACUUAGCAGAUAAACUGAGAAAUGGUUAAAAGCAAUUUUGAUAGUUACUUUAAGCCCAGCUUUGCUCACUGGCAGAACUGAGGAGGAGGUAUGGUAGGGGAGCAGUUAAUGUUUGCCAGUGUUGCUGCUGAAAAAAAAAGGUUUUGUGGGAUCUCCCAAAGCUGCUGCUGCUGCCACAGUGGGAAAGUUAUGUGGAGCUGAUCCAUAGAGUGACAAGUGAAAGAAGUUUAUUGGGAAAUGUGCCAGACAUCAUAAGUACAAGCUGUCAUUUCUGAGCAUUUUAUCUGACCUCUAAUACAUGAGAGCAAGUUACAGCAGCAGCAAACUGCUGUUACAUAAAUCCUCGUACAUCUUAGAUCCUCUCUGCAUUCAGGUGAAUGUUGAAGGGCAAAUCGUGAGUGCCUCUGAUUUACAAGAAUGUUUAUUGCAUAGUGUACAGUGUAAAACCUAUUUUAUAAUAAUGAUGAUCAUUGAAAAGGGAAAUGUAACUGAAGCAAUAUUUGUGUUAACUGUGAACAGGCGUUAUAAAUCCUCCAGCUGUAUGGUCAGCGGUUUCCCAGUGCUCUUCAGCUGGUUUAUGCUGAUUAUUUUGGCAUUGUCCAAAUAAAAACCAAGAAGAAUAGUUGCACACUGCUCAACUCAACAUACAAUGUAAAGGACUGUGGGACGUAAUCAAAACAUGGUCCUUUGGUACAGACAUUAUUUCUAUGAGGGAUAAUUUGAUUGUAAUAGUAAGAAGAGUGAGAACAAGACUCCCUGGUAAGUGAGGACUCAUAGUCACUUUGAAAGAUGUGUAAUGCAAAUGCAGCCUGCAAGUCCAAUACCUCACUGACCUCUUCUCCUGUCCACUUUGUGUACCUGGUGUAAUGGAUGUGGUUUUUUUGUUAGUCAUCUUAAUUCCUCCACAAGGCAUCAUCUAGGUCAUCACUUACUGAAAAUAGAUGUUAAGAUGUGAUAGGAAACGUGUUAAUUCACUCAAAAUUUGUACAGAAUUUGUCCUCCAAUGACUGGUACUUGUUGCUUUGAAGUGCAAUAGAAAGCAGGAAGGUCAGUAAGUGUUUUUUGAUAUUACUUUUUCUAUUACUACAACAAAUAUGCCUUUCCAUGAAGAAUACGAGAGGCCAUCCGAAACAUUUGCACUAUGCUUUCAAACGGUUUUAAACACAGAGAUCACUUUUUCCUCAGUAUACAGUUUUAGGUGGUACUGUAACUGGCUUUGUGGUUUAAGUCUUCAUUGCAACUACAUUUGUAUUUUCUUUUAAAGCAAGUCUACAAGUGUGGCUCAUUUGUCUGGUUAAAAAUGCUUUUUUAGCUAUUAGGUACCUUGGCAGCCAUCAACAGCCUGUUCUUUUUCUCUUCUCAAUAAGAUGUUGAAUGUAACAGUGACAGUGGGCACAGUUGUGGGGAAAAGGCCUGCUGCAACACUUGUGCACUGUUUGUUACUUGCAAAUGUAAUUACUUUGUUUUGUGAUUUGAUCUGUUCUUAGAAGUUGUAUAUAUUUUGUAAAGGAUUUCUUUGUGUAUAUAAGGUAUGUUCUUUAAUGAAGAAACAGCAAUGCAAUAAGGAGCUUUGCACAGUUUGUUUUCAAACAAAAUACAUGUGAAAAAAAAUCACCUGCCUAAACAUGCAAUUAUUGCAACUUCUCAUUAACUUGAUUUGAAGGUAACGCCUGAAUUUUGACAAAAACAGAGAUGAGUAGUAAUGGCAUAGAAUUCCUUGCCACUGAGCUUUUCAAGUUUCUUGCAGUAUACCAAAUCUCUUAAUUAGCUAUUACAGAAAUCUUACUUAAGAAAUUCAGGGAAUUGCAUUUAAAAAUUUGACAAUUUUAUUGUUCAGGUGCUUGAAAGGAUCUGUAACAAGAUGCAUGAGAUUUUCUUUUAUGGAGCAAAUGUCCCCAUCAAGCAGACUUUUUUUCAUGUGUUCAAGGCAAAAUAAAACUGCUGCAACACAUCAAAAGUACCACUGUACCUGCAGCAGAUCAGAGAAACCAGAAAACUCCAACCAGCUUUGGGAUUCUUUACAAUCUGCACUUUAUAAUAAAGCAGUUUUGCAACUUCAAUCUGCAGUCAAUCAUUAAUGUUAUUUCAUUUAGUAAACAAUUUCAUUUGGAAAAAGAAAAGGUACCUUGUAACAGCUUAUUUUUGAAUGUUUUAAAAUAAGAAUGACAUAGAGAGAAGUGUUGGUACAUCUCCUGUACAUCAUGUUUAAAUUGGGUUAUGUAGUUACCAUGUUUGUUUUGUUUAGAUAUGUGUAUCAAACUGGAACUUUUUUCAACUGUAAAUAUAUGGUUUUGUUAAAUAAAGUCAUGUAAAGUUAUCUUAA